AUGGAGAUCUUCUGUCGAAAUGUCCCAGAUCAGGUGCAGGACAACCACUUGACGCGACAAUUCAGACCUGUACUUGCACCCUUUGGCAUCCACUGUUUCCAUUGCCGCAAGCUCCCCAACCGCAAUGCCAUUUUGACUAUUAGCGAUCUUAGUAAGGCCUUAAAGCUGCUUGCUACAUACGGUCGGAGCAGUGGCCCGGGGAGGGCGCGAAGACCUCCCAGACAACAACUGAGGAUGUUUGGGCAGGUCAUCGUCAUAGAACAGGGCCGCAAUUCUCCAGACGAGUUUCUGCUUCGCUCAUUAAGGAAUGAGGAAGAAACUAGGCUUGCGCGUGGAGCAAUAUCCAACAACGUACAGAAUCGUCAUCAAGCGCCGCCUGUUAAACGACUCAAGAGUUUUUCCAUCACCGCAAUGUCCUGUGGUAUGUGGGACUAUCACCAAGGCAAUCCAGUGUUUAUUGAGUGUUAUCGCUGUGGGGAGAAUGGCAAGAUCGCGUUUGGUAAAACUGCUGUUCGGGUUGCACUAGAAACCGCACAAGAUGUGAUCUAUCACUUAGAGUUCACCUACUCUAAUAUCCUCGGAUCGAUCUACACGGGCACGAUCAACGCUCCCUCUAUUACUAUCACCGCUGAUACUGCUCCGAGAUUAUACAAGACUGAUCCAACAGAUGUGUUGGCGGCUGGACUUCAUGAUAUGCUUCAAAUCCAGCAAAAGUGGAUGCGAGGGCGUCCCCUAAAAACUAGGGUUGGCCAUUUCGGUGGUGAACACGAGGCUCUUGCCGGUACUUGUUUUGUCUACAGAUUUCUCCUGAAAAUUUCGGAUGAUCUAGUUGUCGUUCGAGAUCUUGCCAACGAGCGCCAUAUCCCUGACAUUGCUAGAUGGGUCGACCAUCGAGCAAAGUACGAUGUGCCUUACUCCACCUUAAUGCAGAGGUUCACGGCUUUCUUAUCUCAGGAAAAUAUGCCAUAUCGCGUCAGGUUCCAAUUACAAAAGCUGGUGUGGAACGGUGACAUAUCUCCCGCCAAAGCGAUCUCAUUUGCAUCCCGUGUCCGAGCCACGCUAGUCAUUGAAGAUCUGGAUAUUGUCGUUCGAGCGUUGAUGAGACUCUCAUCCGACGUGAAAUGGCCAUCCCCAGACGUGGAAGCCUCAGAGGUUGACGUGCCCGCGCUGGUGGAGGUGUUCAAAAAUGCCCUUGAGAGCACCGCCCGCGAGCGCGAGAUGACCCGCUCCAACCGCCCCAUGCACCCCAAUCACGUCUCGAUCCACCGUGCUCAGAUUACCCCUUGCGGUACCUACCUUGAUGGGCCUCACGCGGAAACAAAGAAUCGAGUUUUGCGCCACUAUUCUAGCCAUGUUGACCAUUUCCUCCGGGUUGAAUUUGUGGACGAAACCGGUGACCCUGUCCGAUAUGACCCUCGCGCAUCUAUCGAUAUGAUUUUUGAAUCUCGUUUCAAAACGGUCUUGAAAUCAGGAAUCAACAUAGCCGGUCGUAAAUUUGAGUUUCUUGGCUUUUCUCAUUCGUCACUGCGCUCUCAAACGUGCUGGUUCGUCGCCCCGUUUUAUAAGGAUAGAAUUCUAUACAAUGCCACGACUAUCAUUCAGAACCUGGGGAGGUUUGAUCAUAUACAAUCUCCAGCAAAGCAGGCUGCGAGAAUUGGACAGACAUUCUCUGAUACCCUGACUUCCAUCCCGAUAUCGGAGAAGUAUAUUUCAGUAGGAAAAGAUGUGGAACGGAACGGACGGGUCUUUAGUGAUGGCGUCGGUACGAUAUCACCUUCCGUGAUGUAUAUGAUCUGGAAGGACCAUUCGCUACGGACCGUGGUGAAACCUACUGUCUUUCAAAUUAGGCUUGCGGGUGCUAAAGGAAUGAUAUCUCUUGAUAGCAGAAAAAAGGGUAAAUCGCUGGUUCUGAGACCAUCCAUGAUCAAAUUCCAUCUGCCACAUUCGUAUAAUGCUUUCAAUAUCGAAAUAUGUGGAUCAGGACUAAAGCCGCUACCUUUCUUCCUCAAUGCCCAGCUGAUCAAGAUUCUCGAGGAUCUUGGCGUUGACGACAGUGUGUUUUUGAGGUUGCAGGCAGAUGAGAUUUCACGACUCCGUGCUACGGCGACCUCGACGGCAAAGGCUGCUAGGUUUUUAGAAGACACAAAUAUAGCAAAGUCAGUAGGGCUACCGUGGCUUAUUAAUAUCCUGGAAGGCUUUGGGCUCCGUCACUCAAACGACGAAUUCCUACGUCGAGUGAUGGAGCUUGCUGUUCUGAUCAAGCUGCGAGAUCUAAAAUAUCGUGCUCGAAUCCGAGUGCCCAAUGCUGUGACACUCUUCGGUAUCAUGGAUGAGACUGGGAUCCUCAAGGAAGGGGAGGUAUUCUGUACAAGUUUGUCCGAUAAAGGAGUCAGGGAGGUGCUUGUGAAUCCUAGGGUCGUUGUGACUCGUUCGCCGGCCAUGCAUCCCGGGGACGUCCAAAUCGCAAGGGCUGUCGAUGUCCCCGCCGAUUCUCCUCUACGCCAACUCCACAAUUGUAUCGCUUUCAGCCAGCACGGCCAUCGCGAUCUCCCCAGCAUGCUGAGCGGCGGUGAUCUAGACGGUGAUCUGUAUAACGUCAUAUUCGAUAAUACAUUACUUCCGAAGCGAAUCGCUCGACCGGCAGAGUAUCCUCGUGUCCAGGAAAAAGUGCUUGGUCGCGCAGUCGUUAGAGAGGAUAUUAUAGAUUUUUUCGUGACGUUCAUGCAACAGGAUCAGCUGGGGAGAAUUGCUACAAUUCAUCAGGCGCUUGCCGAUCGACGGCCUCUUGGGACCUUUGAUCCGGAAUGCUUAUUGCUUGCGGAGCUACAUUCUACCGCCGUUGAUUUCUCAAAGACUGGGGUUCCAGUUGAUCUAGCACGUAUCCCCAAAUUCCCUAGCUGCCGUCCAGAUUUCCAGGCUCCCAGUCCCCGCAUCCGCAUUGCAGAAAAUCUAUCUCUACUGGAAGGAGAUAUGGAUGCAGUGCAAGAUGGUGGCGAUGAAGAUGACGACGAACGCCCGGCUGUAAGAUUCUACAAAAGUGAAAAUAUUCUGGGCAAACUAUACCGGUCCAUUGAUGAGGUGAAGUUCCUUCAACAUCGGCAAAGUGCCAUGGAGUUGCCGUCGGCGAUGGGUGCUCCCAGUGUACUCCAAGGCGUCUGGGAGUUUGUGCAAAGGGAAGCAGAGGGAUUUUUAUGGGAUCACCAUAUUGAGCAUGCGCUGGAUAUUCGGCAAAUUUACGAAGAUAACCUCUUGGAAAUCAUGGCUCGGUACUCCUCCACUCCGUGGAAGAGCUCCAUCACCGAGUACGAAGUGUUCGUUGGCACUAUCCUGGGCCAUGGACAAAAACUCUCCCAGCGGCAGAAGGACUCGUCGAAGCAGAUGAGGGAGGAAUAUGAGGACCUCGUCCAAUUCGUCACCGCCAUGAUCCAAGACCGUGAAGCCGGCGGUGUGGAAUCACUCGAGCGUUCCAUAGCCUGCCUUUACAUCGCUGUCGAAGAAGAGAAGAAGGAUAACCACUCGUCACGGACUGCCUCUGGACCUAAACAUGAUUCGUCUGUUGCUCGUCACUAUCGUAAGUUGAAACAGCAACACCAGGAUCAAUUGGGACAUGGCUACGGGGCGGAUAAACAAGGUAGAAAGCACAGGCUACUCAGUUUCCCGUGGAUUGCGGCUAUUGUGUGUCUUAAAGAGGUCGAUAAGUUGCAGCGGACUAUGCCGUUUUAG